AUGAAGAUUCCAUCGUUAUUAAAACGUCCUACGAGUUCUAUUCCAUUACCAUAUGAAAAAAUUUUAAAUGAUAGGUUCAACUUCAAGAUUCCAAGCUCGGAUUCCAGCUCAAAUUCUCAAUUUUUGGCCGUAAAAUCGAUUUUUGGUGAUCUGACCACACGCACAUCUUCCAAUAAACAGGAUUUACCACAAAAUCCCUUCAGUAACUCAUCCUAUAGAUUAAAAAAUGAUAUUAACUUUGGAAACAAUUGGAUUCAUGAAAAAACCAACCCGGAAAAUCAAACAUCAGAUGAUUUUCAGAGGACUUCUGGCCAGAUUCGUCCAACUAUUGACUCCAACCAUCAGUUAACCGAUUUUUCGACAGUUUCGGGCUCAACCAAAUGUGCCACUAAAGAUUCACCUAUAAGUCCAUUUAAACACAUUUCAAAGAUUAGUAAAGACGUUCCUAAUUUGGACGACCUUAAACCUCCUCUAACUGAUAUAUUCGAAGAUUUAACUGUUGAUUCCAGUGAAACGACUUUUGAUCAAGCAAUUUCUGCAGAUUCGAGCGGUGUUUUUGAUGUCAAUGGUCGUUACUCUAGCUUAGAAAUAUAUAAAAAUGAGAGUGUGGACUCUAUUGUAUCGAGAGGAAUUGAUGUUCCUGAAAAGCUGAAUCUGCUUAUAAAGGAACGAGCUCUGAGAGGAUUAUCUGAUGAAUGCCUUGAAAUCCUUUCUGAGAUUAAGAAGCUCAAAAUUCCCCUUUCAAUAGAGACUUACAAUAACUGCCUAAUCAGUUGCAUGAAAACUAAUAACGCAAAGUUAUCGAGAUAUUUGUUUUUAUGUCUCAGGUCUGAUUUGUUAACACCUGAUUUGAGGACAUACACGCUGAUGAUCAAGACACAUGUUAACGCCGGUGAUAUUUCAAGUGCAUUUUCACUAUACAGGAAAAUGGAAAACGAGGGAACGAAAGCAGAUUUGGUUGUUUUUUCAGUGUUAAUCGACUGCCUUGUAAGGGAUAGGCAAAUUAAGAACGCAUGGAGCCUUUUCAAUUACAUGAGGACUUGGCGUCUUAUUGACCCAGACGAAGUCCUAUUUACGAUUAUGAUUAAGAGCUGUAGCUAUUCAAAGGAGGCGGAAAAGGCCCUAAAUUUAUAUCAGGAAAUGCUAACCAUGAAUAAAUUUCCCACAAUUUACACCUAUAUAGAACUAAUCAACUGCCUUUCAAAUCGCAAGGAGUACUUUCAUCAAUGUUUCCAGUUCUACAAUCAAAUAAAGGCUCAGGAAUACCCAAUCAAUUCUCACAUAAUUCUACUACUACUUCAGAGUUGCUGUACUGUUGGUAAUGUGAGAAAAGCUAAGGAGUUGAUUUUAGAGUCGCGUGCAUUGGGAAUAAAGCCGACUUUGGAGAUGUACAACGUAUACAUAAAGACCCUUGCAGCCCAAAUGAAACUGUCCAAACUGACUGAGAACGAAAAGAUCAACAACAUUAACAAAACGUGGUCAAUAGUCCAAUCCUUGCUUCCUCUGUACAGGUGCAAUAAUAGUUUAAACAAUGAAAAUGAUGGAAAUAAGGAUAUAGCUAUGGAGGAUGGAGACAAACGGAAACUGGUCAGACUAUUAAAUAGUGUGAUUUUAGUGUAUGAAAACGGCGGUUACUACGAAUACGCCAUGGACGUCCUGAACUGCUUUCAAGUUUUUAAUCUAACACCUGACUAUAUGACUUAUUUCAUACUCCUAAGGAUGGUUGGCCCUAAGAUGAAAGAUCCAGGUCGCUUUUUUACUCUUUGGAGUCAGGCUAAAACUAAAAUUGAACCUCAGAAAACACUCUUGUGCAUGGCUCUGGACAUGGCUAUACUUUCAAGAUCUGCCAAAAGAACCUUGGAGAUACUAAACGACAUGUACAAUGCCAAGGUCUUUCCCACCCCUGCCCUUAUGAAGAAACUCUAUGAGUCUGGAAAGAAAAUCACCCAGAUUCACCUCAUGAUUAACAACUUAGUCACUCUCCAGAGGAAAAUAACAUACCAGGAAAAGCUAAAUGACAAUAAAAUACUUCAAACAUACGUUGACGAAUUUGAACUUAACAAGGCGAUCACACCGAACAUUAAAAUUUGA